UAUUCCUCGUCGUUCCCUGGUCACCAUUCAUACCCUUCAUCUUCUUCUUGUUCUUCACAUUCAUCUUCUUCACGAUCUGAUCGACGAAGAGUGAGCUUUGAGCUUUAGAGAUCUGAGGAGGACACAAGACCAAACACAAAAAAAACGAUGUCGUUUACAGGAACUCAGCAAAAAUGCAGAGCGUGCGAGAAGACGGUGUACCCUAUGGAGCUUCUCUCAGCCGAUGGAGUGUCUUUUCACAAAUCUUGCUUCAAGUGCUCUCACUGCAAAACCACACUUCAACUGAGCAAUUACUCAUCAAUGGAAGGUGUGUUGUACUGUAAGCCUCAUUUUGAGCAGCUCUUCAAGGAGACUGGUAGCUUCAACAAGAACUUUCAGUCACCUGCAAAGCCAUUAACUGACAAGCCAACUCCUGAGCUGACAAGGACACCAAGCCGAGUUGCUGGAAUGUUCUCUGGAACGCAAGACAAGUGCGCUACUUGCAGUAAAACCGUGUAUCCUAUCGAAAAGGUAACAGUGGAGAGCCAAUGUUACCAUAAGUCUUGCUUCAAAUGUUCACAUGGAGGCUGUGCGAUUUCACCAUCUAACUAUGCAGCGCUCGAGGGGAUAUUGUACUGCAAGCACCAUUUCGCUCAGCUAUUCAAGGAGAAAGGAAGUUACAAUCACCUCAUCAAAUCUGCUUCCAUCAAACGCUCUGCUGCCGCGGCUACUCCUGCUGUAGAAGCUGUACCUGAAUCUUAAAAUUUGAAUUCUCGAACAAUUAUUAAGUUAAUAAGGUUACUACCAAACUGGUUUCACUUUUGUCUUUGGCUUUGUGUAUGUGAUGUAUUUGUCUUAACUUGUAUUCAUUCACUUCUUCAUGUUCUUGUCUUCCAUAGUGAACCAUGCAUGACAAUCCCUUGAGUUUGUUCUUGUUGUGAAUAUA